AUGUCUGAGGUCCGAAUUCUUUGGUUUUAUCUCUUGACCAAGUGUAAGUUGAUAGGAAAAAGGACUGAUUAUUCUGAUUCAGAUGUCCUUGCAGAAGUUUUGGUCAAGGAAUCCACUUUUGAUAAUGUUCAAUUUACAAAAGUAAUAUUGUCAUCAUUUUAAAAAAUAAAUUUAGAUCGUAUUUUACGACAAUACGACGCUAUUUGAUGACAUUUCCUAUCUCGAUAAAGUGGUGCAAGACUUUGCUUUGUCCAAAUCGAGUAAUCCGAGUGAGGGUAAUGUGACUGAAGUGCCUGAUUCUCUGUUCCUCGAUCUCUUACUCAUUGCCGACCUCUCUAUGUAUCAUAAAUUCAAAGAAUUGUAUCCUUAUAACUCUAAUUCUGCUUAUUUUGCCCUUCAGGAUUACUUGAGAGUGAUCUUUGAUCAAGUAAGAAGACCGUAAAAUAGUUAAUUAUCUUUUAGUUAUACUCAAUUUACUAUCGGCUUAUUUUCUUCGAGAAAACUCGCGUUUUCCUCCGAUUGGCGGGUACCCUGCCCAUCUUCAGAGUGGAUGAUUGCCCCCUCCAAAGGGUUAACACCUUCAAUCUCUCCGAAUAUGACAAUUCCACGGAUAUCUUCGGGUACUCUCUUCUCCUUGUAUAAAUCCUUUUUAAGCGUUCCUAAUUUCUCUCCCAUCGAUGCCUUGGAUUCCGUUCAUUCGAUCCACGAUUGGCUGGAAGAACACAAAGCUCUGAUCCCCCAACAUGAUCAUGCUAUCGUCUUUACGCGGUGAGUGUAACAUCAGCCAAAUAUCUUCUCUUUUUAGGCGCGAUCUCUUGUCCCAAAACAAUGAAAGUGCCACUCAAGGGAUGGCCUAUGUCCGGGCAAUGUGCCGAGAAUCUGAUUCUGUUUCUGUUGUCGAGGAUGUCGGGGGAAUCACAACUGUGGCCAUUGCUGCUCAUGAAAUGGCCCAUAGGUAUGUGUAUUUUAUAAAGCAAUCACUAUUUAGCUUGGGGGCGUUUCACGAUGGCUCUGGCAACAGUUCCGUUUGUUCUCCAUCUCUCAAUUUUCUGAUGGCUCCUCAGACCUCAGGCAAUGAAUUAAAUCAGAAUUUUGGGAAUAGUUUCCUCCUCAGUCAGUGUUCUUUGGACCAUAUCGAGGAGUUUCUCAGGUAAGUUAUCUGGUGAUACUGUACUUUUAAAACUACAGGUCUUCAGAUUCGGAUUGUUUGAAGAAAAAUAUAACAACUCCAAGGCCUAA